AACCAGAAACCCUGGGAAGGUGGGCUGUCCCUGUGGAACAUGCUGCAGUUAGGUCGGCGACCUUUGUACAAAGUGCUGGUCCCAGCCACACUCUGCAAAGGCUGGGGUUCCCUCAUGUGCAGCACAAUCAUCUCUGCAAAGAAGGAAAUUAAUGGGGUCCACCUCCACUAUCAACAAACAGGGAAGGGGAAUCAUGCUCUCCUGCUGCUCCCUGGAGCACUGGGAAGCAGUCAGACUGACUUCGGGCCUCAGCUUGAGUCUCUGAACAAGGAACGUUUCACAGUAGUUGCCUGGGACCCGCGGGGCUAUGGACGCUCCAUCCCUCCACAACGAGAGUUCCCUUUGGAUUUUUUUCACACGGAUGCAAGGGAUGCUGUGGAUUUAAUGCAGGCACUGCACUUCAAGAACUUUUCCCUCCUGGGUUGGAGCGACGGUGGAAUAACCGCUCUAAUUGCUGCCUCAAAAUAUCCAGGCCUCGUUCACAAAUUGGUCGUAUGGGGUGCAAAUGCUUCUUUAACUCAAGAAGACAUAAAGCUUUACAACGCUGUUCGAGAUGUCUCGAGGUGGAGUGACAACAUGAGGAAGCCCAUGGUGGAGAUGUACGGGGAAGAGUAUUUUGCCAAGACCUGGGCUGCCUGGGUAGAUGGCAUGAUUCAAAUUGAGAAAGAAACAAACGGCAACAUUUGUAAAGAUCUUGUUCCACAAAUCAAAUGCCCUACACUCAUCAUUCAUGGAGAGAAAGACCCAAUGGUGCCACGGUCUCAUCCAGACUACCUGCACAAGCACAUCAAAGGCUCCAGACUGCACCUGAUGGCAAAAGGCAAACACAACUUGCAUUUGCGGUUUGCUAAGGAAUUUAACAGUCUUGUGGAAGAGUUUUUAAUAUCAUGAGAAUGACAGUUUGUGCGUUUAUGCACCAUCACAUCUCCGAAACUGACACACAGCCAAGAAAAGCAAAUGGGGUCUGUCUAACACACGGAGCGCUCCUGAACUAAAGGCAGAUAUAAUUUGUGCAAUUGUACAGGCCACUCUUUAAAUAAAUACACAUUAAAAAUCAGUUCUGCCA